ACAUCCCUUACAUAAUCUUUUCUUCUUGGAGGAUCGCAGCCUCUUUUUAACACGCAAACAAUGCAGAGCGGUGCAUCCUUCCCAUUUUGAGCACGGUGUCAAUUGUUAUUGCUUUGGCGCCAUUAUGUCCGCUCGCCAGAAGCCGAGCCGCACCGCGUUUAUUUACUCGGUUGCGUGCGGAUGGAGCGCAAGGCAGUCACAUUUCCCGUCUCCAUACGACCAAGCAAACAUUCUGCGCUGGCAUAUCUGAGCGCGUAGGGAAAUUCCGGGAUUUGUCGCCGUCGUCUGCUUCUGGCCGGUAGCGUACUUCCAUUUCCCCGCUGGCCUUACUAUGCGGUUUUGUGUACAGUCAAGCGUGAGUGGGCUUUUCUUGACCAGAAUCCGCAUGGGCAGUAGGCGUUCUUUUUUUUCUGAGUCAUCUUGCCUAAAAUUCUCCACCGUUAUUCUUGUAUUUGUAGAGGGGUCUUUUGCAAAAAUGAGAAGAUGAGAAUCUCACUCUCAAACACGACCGGGCCUUCCUGCUGUCCAUGGCCAAUCGCGGCAAAGACACCAACGGUUCACAGUUCUUCAUAAACUCUAGCGUCCUGCCCUUCCAAGCACGACCAAGAUGGCACCUCAUCUCGACGGAGUCCACGUCGUCUUCGGCCUCGUCAUCUCCGGCUUUGAGGUGAUCAAGAAGAUCGAGGGGCUGAAGACUGAUUCGGCGAGCCGACCGUAUGCCGACGUCCGGGUGGUGGACUGCGGACAGCUGAUCGUCAAGUCCGCUAAUGACGUUCUGGAAGGCAAAAGAUUCAGGCCGUCGCAUUCUGCCGACUCCUCGCUCAACUCCUCUGACUCGUCAUCUCUAAGCUCCUCUUCCGAGGAGUCCGAGAGCGACUCUGAAAGGUCCGCGCGUCGCAAGCACAAGAGACACGGAAAGAAUAAACGCUCCAAGAAGCGGAGGAGGCUGCCCAACGCGGAGAAGACUGUCGACCUCGAGUUGUCCAAACACAGCUCUCAGCACCCCGCCGAAGAAGAGAUCGGAGAUGCCGAUAUGGAAGAUGAGAAGGAGCACAGCGGGAAGAGGGAAAAGCCCGUUGUCCGACCGGAGGAGAUUCCGCCUGUUCCCGAGAACCGUUUCCUGCUGCGGCAGGACACCCCGGCCCAAGAGAACAAAGUGGAGACAGUUGAGAAGCAAGAAUCCACAGUUGAAGCCGAGCCCAAACCAGCAGUCUCCAAGUCUGGACGGAAAAUCCGAGGCCGAGGCACAAUUAGGUACCACACCCCCACCAGGUCUAAAUCUCGAUCUGCAUCCGUGGGCGAGAGAGGCAGCAGUGAAACUCCGCCCCACUGGAAAGAGGAGAUGAUGCGGACUAAAGCCUAUCAGCCUCCCAGUGUUGAGAGAUGGAGCAAAGGAGAACAAUGGGACAAGAGAAGCGAGACGGCAUGGUCCAGGUCCUCCGAGCGUUCGUCAGGCCGUAGUUCGGAGAUGUCCAGCCCGCCACGGCUCCUUAAAAAAGAGAAGAAGAGGGGCAAGCAUAAGAAAAAGGCCAAAAAACGUAAGCGCGGGAAGAAGAGGAGCUCCAGAAGCAAACAUCAAGACGGGGAACGCUCGCCCUCCUCAAGACGGCUGAACGUCAGAACGCCUCGCUCCUCACCGAGUCGCCGUUGCACGAGAGGGCGGUCCUCUGUGUCCAGAUCUUGCUCCCGAUCGCGCAUAUCCAGUCGUUCCAGAUCCAGGGCAAGGUCUUAUUCUUAUUCACGGUCCAGAAGCUUGUCCCGCUCAAGAAGUUGCUCCCGGUCUCGAUCUCGCUGCCGGUCCUACUCUCGAUCCAGGUCCAGACACAGGUCCGCGUCGUCCUUCACGCCAAGCAGAAAGAGGAGUUUAUCCAGAUCUCCGAGAAAGGGGAAGUCCAGCAAGUCCGGAGCAGACGCCCCCGUCCAUCUCCCCGGCAAGCUCUCUGAUGGCAAAGUUACACCAGGAUCCAGAAUGCUGACUGCGCCGGUCCCAGAAAAGAUCCCUGUGAUCCCGCUCAGCGAUAGCCCGCCUCCCUCCCGCUGGAAGCCAGGUCAGAAGCCCUGGAAAUCAUCCUACAUCCAACCUCCGGACAGCAAGGUCCAACUAGCUCCGGUGCACGUUUCUUCCAUGGGGCAAGCGGCUUCGGAGAACGCUCCGACUUCAGUUCAGGAGACGUUUGUGCCGAGCGACUCCGAAAGGACCAAGCACGGCGCGCGGCGCUCGCCCAGCAGAUCCUCUCCAAGCAAGUCCGACAGCCGCUCAAGAAGCCGAAGCGCCAGCAAGUCCACCUCCAGAUCCCGUACCAGCAGCAGAUCGGACUCCCCGCCCUCUGAGCCCAAGAAGAAGAAAUCCCUCGACAAACAUUGGAGAAAGUAUUACCGAUCUCUGAAGAGGAUAAAGCGAAUGGACAAGUACAUUUCGAGCGCCGCUGCUCACGAGGUCCCGUCGGUGAAGAAAGCGGGCGUCGAGCCGAGUCCUGAUAAAGUUGUGCCUAAAGUGGGUCAGGAGCAACGAGGCUCUCCGGACCAAGAGACAAAAAAGUACAGUUCGAUGCAGACGGAUAGCUUGGUUCACAAAUCCGGAUGGGACAGCGACAGCGAUAGGGUGAGCCAAAGCAACGGUGAUUUCCUGUCAAAGCCUCAGAAAGCGCCCGGCCACAUCCCAGACAAGAAGACCUCGGGCCUCACCGGGUGGAAUUCCGAGAGUGAGCCCGAAAGCAUCGCCACCAGGCCACCGGCGCUAUCUGAGAAAGAGGAAGGCGAAGCCAGUUCCGAGUCGGAGCGGGAAACCGACAAAAUGCCCUCGAGCGCCGGGCAUGCCGACGCUUCCGCCCCGGCGCGGGCAGGCGCGCCGACGGCUGCCGACCCGGAGAAGCACAAGAGCAAGAGGAAGUCCAAACGGAAGCGCAAACGCAAGAGUCGAGGAGAGGGCAAGAGCGGCUCCCGCCACGCGAGGGACAAGAGCAAGAGACCCAAAAAGAAACGGCAGAAGAUGAAGGAGACUUUUCAUUGGCAGCCGCCUCUCGAGUUUGAUGAGGAGGAAGACGAAGACGACGCCAAGAAGGAGAAACGUAGCCCGGUGGCCGCGGUUGUCAACAAGGACCACGGCGUCACCUCUUCCAACAAGAAUCCUAAUAAAGAGGAAAGCGGGCCUCCGACGAGGGCCAAAGAAUCGAGUCAUAAAAGCACCAAAGCAUCGGAGCUUCGGCAUCAGCUGUCGAACAGGAACGGUAGUAACACAUGCGGGGCGAAAGAGCUCAACUCUGCAGAUGCCACGGACAUCUGCGCUCCCGAGCAGGACGCCGCGGCGGCCCCUGAGAAAGCCCUGAAAAGUGGCUCCCGGGUGGCCGCCAAGGCAAGCAAAGGUGCCCUAGCGCCGCCGCAAAGCCUCGAGCCGCCCCCUGUCGCCGCCGCCGAUACGGAGCAACCCACCAGCGCCGUCGUUCAUUUCAAAUGGAGGCCCUUGAAAGGAAUGGCUUUGCUCCAGAACGCGGGCGCGGCGCAGCUCGUGACCCACAACGCGCACGCUCAGCACAGCCACCUGGCAAGCGUUCAGGGAGUGCGAAUGGAGAUCAAGAGCAAGAACCGGGUCCGACCAGGAUCGCUCUUCGACGAGGUCCGCAAGACCGUGCGCCUCAACCGGAGGCCCGGGAACCGGGAGAGCUCCGGCGAGGAAAGCUCCCCCUCGCCCGGGGGAACCCGGGACGACUCCCCGAGGAAGUCGCGCUCGGCCGCCCGCCGUUCGCGCUCGACUUCCAGUCAGCGCUCCCGCACCCGAGACUGGUCGCAGUCCUACAGCAGGUCCGGGAGUCGAUCGCGCAGCUCCAGCUACUCCUCCAGAGGUCGUAGCAGGAGUCGCCGCAGGCACGCGCGCCAGCGAUCCCGCAGCAGCACGUACGGAAGCUACAGGAGCCACAGCCGGACGUACAGCAGAAGUCACACCAGAAGUCGCUCCUAUAAUUACCGCAGCAGGAGAUCCAGGUCCGCCUCCUCUGACAGCUAUUCCAGCCGCAGUCGAAGCGGGAGCCGGACGCGAGGGCGGCAUAGAAGCCACAGCUACCGGAGUCCACGCCGCGGAUCGCGGUCCUCACGCUCGUCCAGUCGCAGCUGGUCCAGGCGACGGAGUCGCAGCCGGAGCAGCCGGUACAGCUGAGACAAAUCAUCGUCAGCGACCCGCCGCUCUGUUACAGGCCAGUUACGAAAGCUCCCAGAGGAACCGAAGCUUUUCGGACGUUUUCCGCAGUGUUUCGCGACUGUGUUCCAUGCUUACAAAUGAAUGUAAUACAUCAAGAAUAAUUGUACAGUAAGAAUAGCGCACAGAUGCUAAUCAUACUUGAAGGGAGGAAGGGAGGGAGGAUGUUAAUUGGAAUUAUCUAAUCCCCCCUCUUUGGGACAUAUACUAAAGUUCCAGUUGUCGUGUUCGGAUUUAGGUGGCAGUUUUAAUUGACGUUGUAUCACGAGUGGAGUUACUGUGCUGAAAGUGUGGUGAAUGAAGCUUUUUGAUUUGAACGAUGUUGAUGCGCAAUAAAUACCACUUUGGCUCGUGA